ACAACACUUAGGAGCAGUUAACGAAUUCUACGCAGGCAAAAGGAAAAGAACCAGAAGGUCAUAGCACACCUCUUCGGGGCAAGAGUGAAUAUCCCUCGAGUAGCACGCUGCCACGCAUUUCAGGAGAACUUGUGCCGAACGCUGUUAUCAAAUCCAAAGACUCGAGACAGCAAAUUACAUACCCCCAGAAAUCGGAAGUUCAAUACGCCUGUAGAGUCCGGUCUUAGACCCUCCCUUGUUCCCCCGCACCUGCUUGUGUUCUAGUAGAUGUUGCUGAUAGGAUGGACGUCAAUCCAGAGCCUGUAGCUCCUACGUCGCGUAAACCCCCAAGCACGCCCGGUCGUCCCCCUCGAAACCGCACUUUACUAGCAUCACUCCAUGCUUAUCUCUCCCGACCCACUCCAUCGAGAAACAAGCAUCACGCUGGCGCAAUUGCAUGGAAAAACGAUGUCCCUCCUCAGUAUUUACCUCAUCCACUAGGACACCGAGAUGCCCGUGAUGAGAGUGGUAGUGGUGAUGGUACGCCUGUCCUCCUUUCGCAGUUGUCGAGCCUUCCACUGGCAGCCAAUGCGCCAUCUGCUUCGUUGUCUUUCCAUCGUUCUCUCGAGCGGCGCUCAGAUGUUUUGAUCCCUCUCAGGGAAGAACAUGCAUCGGAGGUAGGACAUCAAUGCAAAAGAAUCUGGAGCUUGCUUGACGAUUCUAUCGCUAAAUGCACCGAUGAAGGGAACAUGUUAGCUGGAGAGGAAACCAUCACUUGUCCGUGCAGUACGCCGGGCGGAGGUACAGAUGAAUACAGAAACGAAGGUAAAGCAGAACAGCGCACCAAUCCAUCGCCGUGCCUCGUCAUCAACCCUGGAAGCGUCGACGCGCAUCCCGCCCCUUCUUCAGGACUACCCCCAAACCUAAACCCUAUUUCAUCGCCGCACAACUCCGAGGUUUGCGGAAUUAUUUGUGGGCUAACCUGGAGCUUAAUGAACUAGUGUCCGCUCCUCGUUUACUUAGCCAUGUAGUACUUCCAGCACGAAGAGUCAAUAUACCCUUCAAUACGCUUUUGUGCCGCCAGAUCACCCGUUCUUUACAUUCUCGCAUGAAAUA